AUGGAGCCGUCAGACCGACAAAGGGAAGGUGACCUUCAGCAAAUUGAAUGGACCAACUGGGUGGGUUUUAAUCCUCUUAUUGAGUGGCAGCGGGCGAAGCGGUGCGCCUUGUCCCCUCCUCCCACCCUCUCCCUCCUCUUUCGUUGCGUCGAUUGGCGCAGACGCCAUAUGGGGCCACGACUCAGGCGAGUUGUGGACACGGGCGAGUUGAUAUAUACGCGGCAGGCGCGGGAAAGAAUUCCUCGCUCGCGCGCUGAAUCCCCAGUUAUGGCGGAAUGCGUCUAUUACGGUAAGGUGGCGGGCGGGUACGCGUUCGCAAUGGCGGACCGCCAACGGUACUCGCGAGGUUCGAUCCGUUUGAUGGAGAUAAGUUGCACCUGUCGCCGGGGCGGCCCCGAGCGGUCUCAUUUGAAUUUCGAACAGUCCCGAUACCCCCAACCGGUGUGGCUGCCGUUUAGUAAACGGCCCGCGGGCGUUCUCAAUUGCAAAUCAACCCGCCCGUACUCGAGACUGUCCCGUGUUUUG